AUUCUGAAAGGCGUUUAGGUACGUGGAACAAAGGAAUGGUUGCCUGCUACUUUUCUCCAUACAACCUGUGCAUAACCAGAAUAGUUUUACAUAGUUGGAUUUCCGGGUCUCCGACGCGGUUCUUAUAUACGAAAUGCGGAUAAUAUAUUUCUAUUUCCCGUGGAGGACCUUACAGUGAUUUCUUAUGAUGAGGCUGCUCCAAGGCGCCACGAAGGAUCAAGUGACCGGAAUGUCUCGCUGUAAACCGUGGCUGGCCUUAUUGGUCAUAACGUUUCUGGCAGCUUUCAUCUCCGCAGCUGAGAAUUAUUAUGCAUUCCUCGGAGUUUCCAGAGAGGCAUCCACCAGAGACAUUAGACGGGCUUUUAAGAAGCUCGCUCUGACCAUGCACCCUGAUAAAAACCCAAACGACCAAGAUGCCCAUGACCGAUUCCAUAAGGCUAGUCAGGUGUAUGAGGUAUUAAAGGAUGACGAUCUGAGGAUGAACUAUGAAAGAUUUGGAGAGAAGGGACUGGAAGACAGCAACCACAGCAGUGGAUAUGAAACAUAUGAUUUUUACAGGAAUGACUUUGGCAUCUACGAUGACGACCUUGAGAUAAUUACUUUAGACAGCAGAGAAUUUGAUGCCGCAGUGAACUCUGGAGAGCUGUGGUUUGUGAAUUUCUACCUCCCCCGCUGUCCUCACUGCCACGACUUGGCACCCACAUGGCGAGAGUUUGCCAAGGAGAUGGACGGGCUGGUGAGGAUUGGGGUUGUGAACUGCGAAGACAACGAAGUCCUGUGCCGCAGCAACGGCGUCAGCAGUUAUCCGACACUCCUUGUUUUCAAAGAAGGAACACAGAAGGCAGAGAGGUACUUUGGAAACAGAUUGGAGGAGAGCUUGGUCAAGUUUGCAAUGCGUUUUGUGAACAGCAAAGUGACAGAGCUGUGGCAUGGAAAUGUCUUCAAUGAGAUCGAAGUUGCAUUCGCUUCUGGCAUCGGAUGGCUCAUUACCUUCUGUGCGGAGACUGGUGACUGUCUCUCAUCAACAACAAGGCAGAAACUAGCCGGGAUGCUGGAGGGGCUGGUGAACGUUGGCUGGAUGGACUGCAUCAAGCACGCUGACCUUUGUGAAAACUUUGAUGUGGCCUUCAGCUCCACAGCCUACUUCCCCCCCAGCAGCACCAUGAAACAGAGGGACAGCGUGCUGUUUCUGCGCAGUCUGGACGUGAAGGAGAUUUACACCGAGGUGAUGCAUCAGCUGCCAGACCUAGAGACUCUCACGGUGGAAACGUUCUCGGGUAAAGUGGCGCACCAUCGCUGGGUGGUCAGUUUCUUGUUCGGUCUGGAAGAGCUUCCAUUCCAUGAGUACAAAAAGCUGAGGGUGCUUCUGAGAGAUUACCACAUGCAGGUGGGGAAAGUCAACUGCGUGAGGGAGGCCGACCUCUGCAGCUCCUUACACAUCCAGAAGCCAAGCAUUGCCGUCUUCAAGGGGCUCGGCAUCGACAAGUUCGAGAUCCAUCACGGGGGCGACCUCCUGUACAAAGUUGCAUCCUUCGCCAAGGACAGCGCCAGCUCUCAUGUGACCACCUGGCGACCCGGAAACUUCCCUGGUCGUGAGAAGGAGCCUUGGUUGGUGUACUUCUUUGCGCCUUGGUGCCUGCCAUGCCUUGCUCGACUCCCAGAGCUGAGGAAGGCGUCUGUCCAGCUCUUCGGACAGGUGAAGUUUGGCACUCUGGACUGUGCUGCCCACGAGGAGCUCUGCAAGCAGUGGGCUGUGAUGCUAAGCAGUGCAGGAUGUUCCCGCCGUCCCUGUCAAUCCCGGUGUAAUGAAGCACAAACAGCAGCGGGGUUAGGCAGAGGAACCAAGAGGAAGCUCUCCGGGGCCUGACAGGGGAAACUGUGUCGUAAAUUACAGGGAACAUUCUGGAAUGCGUGUUCAGCAUAGAGCCAUCGCUAUCUCCGUCAGUUGGAGUCCAUUAGCAUGAUUUCUCUCUAUCUAACUCAUAUG